AUGGACAAAUCUGAGGAUAUGGCGGCGUUUAUGGCGCCAGGGACCUUCCGGCAGCUCGUGGAGGUCUCCCGGAGCGCCUCGAAGCAGGUCGAUGCCGCGGAUGCGUCGAAGCAGCAGAAGUCGUACGCCGACUCCAUCAUAUUCAGCGAAGUGUGCCACUACUGCAUCACGGGAACUCCGAUCCUGGGCACGCUGACUCUGACGACGGAGGCGAUAACGUUCGAGCCGGACGCCAGGGACGCGAAUGUCUACGAGCGUGGACGGGGCUACUACCAGGUCCACGUGGACCUCGUGAGCAUCGAGGAGUGCGGCUUGAUAGGUGUGUCGGCCGAGGACCUCAGCUCGUACGACCGAGGCAGCAUGCACUGCAACGGCCUGCUGCAGAUACUGCUUAAAAACGGCCGCCGGGACACUUCGGCCACCGCGGCGGUGGAAGACCCUUUCGACCCGUUCUUCUGCGAGCACCGCAUCGUUUCCAAGCCUCAUACGGUGCCGCCCAAAGAGUCGCGCUCCAUCAGCCUGGUGUCGCAGGGCAUUUCGAAGCUCAGCUACGUCGCCAACAUGGCGGGGUUCGGCUCGACGCCCAAGCCGCCGCAGGAAAGGCCGCCUCAGAGCGCGGUGCAGGCUAAGGUGUUCGUGGUGUUCGCCUUCUUCAAGAAGGAAGUCGCACACCGGUGCACUCUGGCGCUCAUGGACGCGCUGGAUGAGGCCAAGAAGCGCGCGGCCGCGAUGCCGUCCCGCAGCAGGAUCUCUCGCGUGCCGUUUACGUCCAACGAGCUGCUGCACAUGCUCACUGAGAGCAUACGGCCCGAGGAGCAGGCGCAGCAGCGCCGCCGGCGCCCUUCCGACAGCCGCUCCAGGAAGGCCGCGGGCAAAAAUACGCAGCAGCCCCCCUACGUGCACGGUAUCGCCGAGAGCGAGAACGAGCUGCGCGAGAGGGUGGCGCAGAAGUCGCGCAUCCUCACGGCGGACAUGGUCAACCAGCUGGUGGAUAACCUGCCGCCGGCGCUGGCCAUACGGAACUGGGAGGUCACCUUCAAGACUUCGCACGACGGCGUGUCCUUCGGCACCUUCUACAAGAACCUGCAGGGGCACGAGCACUGCCUCAUGGUGAUAAAGGACGACCACGGCAACGUUUUCGGCACUUUCACGGGACACAUAGAGCUGUCGUACAGGUUCUAUGGCACCGCCGAAACGUUCGUCUUCAAGUUCGACAACGGCAGAAUCCGCGUGUACAGGGCGAAGGGCAACAACAAGUGCUACGUCUACUCCAACGAGAACACCAUCGUGAUCGGCGGCGGCGCCAACUCCGCGCUGUCGAUCCACGACGCGUUCCAGAGCGGGACCACCGCCGCCUGCGAGACCUUCGGCAACGACCCGCUCGCACCCACAUUCGUUUUCAACAUAGAAGAAAUGGAAGUUUGGACUUUCGGAGGCUACCUCGUCUAA